AUGGCUGUACCGUCAAUUACUAAGCUACAACAAGUUGAAAUUUCCAGUACGUCCCACCCGAGACAACUAGUGGGGGGACACUUGCAGCCCACGACGUUUCGUCCGCCAUCCUUGUUUUCCCUAUUCGGAAGAAGGAGUGACGAUGGUCAAAAUACCGUUGACAUUAUUCCUCAACAAAUUGUUUACCACCAAAGCCCCCAGGCCCGUAGUAUUCAAGUUUAUCCAACACAGCAAAUAGUGUCGCAGCAGCAACCUCUCACAAUUCAGCAGUAUCAUCAGACACCCGUUCAUCAGUUUGCUCUACCAGCACAACCACCGAAUCAGCAAAUCGUUUACCACCAAUCACAAGUGAACCAAAAUCAGCUGAUUCAGCAGGCAGCUUCACAGGUGCCUCAACAGGCUAGACAUAAUCAACUGAUUGGGUAUUCCGCUCCUCAAGCAUCUCAAACUCAACUCCAAGUAAACCCUUAUAUCCUCCAAGCACAACCAACACAAAUAAUCCAGCAGCAGCCGUCAAAUAAUGGGUACAUUCCUUUAAAUCUCAGUCAAAAGCAGUACCGCGAUCAGUUACUUUACAACAAUUACUUGUAUUCGAAGAAACUUCAACAGGACCAGCUCAGCAGGCAACAGAACAGGUUCGAUUUGUCUAGGAAUCAAAACUCCUACGCUGUAUUCGGUUAGGCCUUUCUGAUUUUCUAACGCUAUUCGGGAGCUUUACUACUAUAUUCUAGUUAUUUAUUGAGUAUUUAUGUGACAAAUAGUGAUGGGCAGUAUUAUGAAAAGCUUGUGAAUUAAUUAUUUUUUAAGAGGAAAUUCAGUGUUGUACCUACUUGCCAGUUCACCUUUCCAAGAAUGUGGCCUGAGUUGUUUGAAUAACUCGAAUAGUAUAACAACUUUUUUAUAUUGUUAACGUACUGUUUAUUAAAGAAAACCAUUAUGUAAUCCAAAAUAGGCUUUGUUGCUCUUUCUUCUUUUCCUCUUUCUUUCAAUGGCUUCUUUCUCUCUUCUUUUCUCCCUUAUUCUUCAUCUACUUUUGUCUUUCCAUCUUUUUUUUUCUAUCGCUCUCCCUACCUUCAUACUUUAUUGAUUUCAUUCUCCUCUGCUCCCAUUUUUCAAGUUUUAAGUUACUGUUGACUUGAUAUCCGUUUACUUCAUUUUUCUGUCUGUAAGAAUGUACUUGUAGAGUAACAAUUCUGGUAGUGUUCACUAAAAUUUUUUUUUCAAGAUAUCUGGAUUUUUUUCAGAGCUAUAUAACUUUCAGUCGCUCCUCCUUACUCCUGAAUACUAACAAAUUAAUUCCAAUAUUUCUUCUCUAUUAACUACUGCUCUUGUACAUGUUGAAGAACUACUAUUUCUUAUUCUUUCUUUUUGUUUUCCUGUUUCACUAGUCCCUAUUUCUGUUCUUUGUCUAGACAUUUCCAGAUACCUAUUUAGAAACAACAACUGUCACAAAAUUCAUCAGCUUUUGAAUACUAGUUUUGUUCUGAGUAAUUCUUUUCUCUAGUGCUCUUAUGAUGAUUUUUGCAUAACGUUCUCACACCAAUAUUUUGAUUUUUGUGAGGAGAAUAAGAAUUUAGGAAUAUGCCAAGAAGGUACUGUCACAAAUUUCCUCUAAUACUAGCUAAUAUUUAUAGUCCCCAUAGGAAGCAAACUGUGAAAAACUUUGAAAAAUAUUUUUGAAGACUCUCAUAAGGAAUCUCAAUAUGUUAUCAGGAUCCUCAGAAUUGAAUUUCAAGGCAAAUUAUCAAACUCCCAGAACCUUCACAAUAUGGUUCAUCAUUGAACUUGAUAGUAUCCAUUUGGCAUUGCAGGAAAAGCGAAAGUCGACUUCGAAGCUUGGCUUUGCAACAAUAUUCUUUGAUAUUCGUGAUUUGGGUUUUCUGGCUAUUCUUCAAAUGGCAUCCAUUGAAUCUAGAAUAUGAUAUACAGGGUGUCAUUUUAUGAAAAUAAGUUCAUAUGAACGUAUGUUUUAACUUGCUUCGUUUCCGAAUGUUUUACUAACAAUAUUGUUUUCAAUCAAUAAUCCACAAUUAUUUCCGCUGAAUUUGAUUACACCACGUGUAUUUUUUAUGAGUAACAAGCGGCUCCUUUACAUGAAAUUAUAUUUGGAAUUUUAAUUCCAGUGACUUCGCAGGGGGUUACUUCAUUGCUAUUUAUGGUAGAAAUCAUUUUACGCACUGUUUCCGCUAAGUUUAAUAUCAUUUGAAAUAGCUACACUUCAUCUUGUCAGAGUCAGUGACGUAGAAAUGGGGAUCUCGCAUCAUUCAAGUUCAAAAAUAUGUUUUGAUAUUCGCCGCCAUUUGAACAAACUUAGAAAUAUGCCUAAUUCUGAUUUUUUAGUCAUUUUCAUCUACAUCUGUAGCAAAAAUAAGCGAUUUGAAAUAUCUCUAAAAUAAUUAAUUCAAAGGGUUCAACUCUGAGGAUCUAAAUGGUCAUGACUGAUGUCCCCUACGACAUAUCCACUGGCGAGCAGAAGUAUCAGUUAAUAUUCACGAGCGGUGACACUGAAAUAAGCAGAUGCCUCGUCUUGCAUAAACCACAUCUUUCGUCUCACUAUCCUCUAUUAAUUCUGGUACAUCCUCUAUCUAUUCUGGCAAUGUAUCUUCUAGAAAUUGUCUAUACAUCACACUAUUGAGUUGAGGAGGAAAAAAAUGCGGUCUUUCAAGAUGAACACCAAAAAUUCCCGCCCAGACGUUCACUGAAAAUUCUUGCUGAAAUCCACUUUCUACAGUAGCAUGAGGAUUGUCUUAGGCCCAAGAAUGAUUGUUAUGUUAAUGAUGACAUGCCUUGAUAAACUUGCCUCAUCUGUGAAUUAAACUUCACGAGUAAAAUUGGGAUUUUGUACAAUUCUUUCAAGGAACCACUGACAAAAAUCCUAAUGUCUGGGAAAAUCUUGCGGUACCAGUUCCUGUGCCCGUUGCUUGUGGUAUGAAUACAAUGAAUUUGUAUGCAACACUUUCCAAACACUUCGAGAACUGAUAUUGCAAUGUGCAGCAGCUAAUUUUUGGGUACUUGUUGAAGAAUUACCAUCAAUUCUUGAAGAAUUGCUUCCUGUUUCGGUCUACCAGGACGCUCAGCCUGUUUUGUUAAAGAUUCAGUUUCGUGCAGUCUAUAACGUGUAAUCUGGUGAAAGUUCUUUAUCCCGGAUUAUAUCUGUUAGGACAUAUUUCUUGAUAGGUAUUAUUAAAUUGAUAUUAUAUACUAAUACAACCGUAUUUGUACGCUAAAACAAUUUGAUUAUACUAGUUGUCACCUACUGUCAAAAAAUUUCACUCUAUUAGUGAUUCACGAUAUUAGUGAUAUUAGUGUCACUUCUGUGGUUAACAAUCAGCAUCUUCCUAUUGUUGGUAUUAUUUUUAAAUUACUCGAAAAAAGUAGAAAAAAGACCCUAUUAACAUCUUGAAAAUAUCUAGAAUGUUGUGCAAGCAGUGGUUAAAUCGUUUUUCACUUUACAUUUCGGUAAUAAAGUUAUAAGUUAUUUCAAAGUAAAUAUUUUGUAUCCAUUAUUUCAAUACAUAUAUUCAAUCUUUAUUUCGAUUCAAUAAUGUUCAAAAGUAAAAAUCAUAAAAAAAUGUUUGAAGGAAAGCUUCCACACAAAUGCACUAAAAAUGAAAAACUAAUUUCUUUCAUUGUUUGACCUGGGGUAUUCUGUGAG